GUCGACUCCGAGCGGAAGUGCUACUUUCCAUCGGGGGUCCUGGCCGUGGCCGAUGUGCCUUGCUCGGGGGAGCAAUACACCUCUUGUUGCGACCACAGAGCCAUCUGCUUGUCGAACGGCCUUUGCAUGAGUACCACCAUACAGCCAUAUACAUUGUCGCGAGGGAGUUGUACGAACCAAAAAUGGGACCAGGGCUGUCCACAGUACUGCGCCGAUUGCAACCCGGACGGAGGCUGCGGACUCUUCACCUUCAGCUACAAAAGCAAAGUGGCUCAGUACUGCUGCGGCUCAGCAGAUGUAUCAAAUACGACAACAAAGUGCUACGACGGUAGCAAUGCCUUUCGGGUUCCGGACGCUGAAGCGGUGCCUGGGUAUGCUCUGUUGGGAAACAUCACCUCGUUCAAUGCAUCAACGGAUUCACCGGACUCACCGAAUAACACAUCAUGUCCGAUAGAGCAAACAAACACUUCCUCAUGUCAUGAAACUGCGGUUGGAGCUGGGAUCGGGGUGCCUCUUGGUGUAAUUGCUCUGGCAUCGGUAGCAUGGGCUCUUUGGGAGCGAAGAAAGGGAAAGCAGGCAUCAAACUCUGCAUUG